AGCUCAUACCUCUGAUGUGGCAAUGGCAAGAUUGUCAUUUGACCGAUUGUGGCAAAAUUGUCAAUUGACCGAGUGUGUCCUACUUAGUUGAAGAGGGAGGCACCAAGAUUUUUUUGGUAAGAGCAGACACUCGAAGAGGAAGACUCUCAAUACAGAUCUGAAACACCUAUAGCUCCAGCAGGGUGGAGACUGCUCGAUACACACCGAAUCCGAGCCGCUGUGUUCGAUAACCCAGAAAGACAUGUAUGAACCCAACAGAGGAUGUAUUACAGGGGGCUUGUUAUUUGAGAUAGGCAGCUGUUGAGCAACUAGAAGGGAACCGCAAAAUGGAAGACGUAGCGAAGCUGAAGAACAUAAUUUAUAGGGAAGAAAAUCAGGUCAGCGAGAGUGCUGUUGAAGUGGCCAGUCUGACAACUGAUGAUGAUUGCAAGACAUUGUCCGGUGUUAAUGACGAAUCAGACCUCGAGGUUACAAUCAGAACAGCGUGUCGAGGAAAACACUUCAGAAGAACUAUGUCUUCCCUGUCAGAUGAAAAGGUAGCUGCGACAUAUGAAAUUGGGUUUGGGUCACUGCACCGAUUUCGUUGUGGCAAAGUGAACCUCCCACUGUGCCAAAUGCUGGUUGAAAAUUUUGAUGUUGGGAACUCAUGCAUCAAGAUACACGGAAGGAACCUGACAAUCACACAUGAAGACUUUCGGCGCAUUAUGGGCGUCAUGGAUGGAGGGUGCGAUGUGAAUCUUGAAGGAAGCACCGAGGACCCUGAUAUACUGGGGCUGAAGAGCAAGCUUUCAAGGAAGGAGAAGGAGAUAACCAUACAUGGUCUGAGGAGGUUGUUGAUUGAAUCUGAAAGUACCGACGACACUUUUAAGGUCAGCUUUGCUUUGUAUGCCCUUGCAACUCUGUUAAUCCCAGUUACGGGAAUCGAAGUUGAUCUAAGAUACCUUAUACCACUUAAGGAUCCUAAUGCCCUGGGUUCAAAAAACUGGGCAAAGUUUGCAUUCGCCAAGCUUGUUGAAGGGGUGUCAUCAUUCCAGGCCACGCGGACUGGUUUGGCAGGAGGUUGUAUUCUGUUCCUUCAAUUGUUCUACCUGGAUGUUGUUGGCAAUGGUAUCUGUAUAUAUCCAAAGAUUGGGAAACCAGUGAUGACGUGGAGCAGAGAUGACUUGAAGAGAGUUUAUGAAAAAGUGGAGAGCGAGGGCGGAUUUAAAAGCGAGAAUGUGCGUGUAACGAAGAAGUAUUUCAGGGGAAAUGUACUUUCGGGGACUGGAUCAGUUGAUCCCAGCACAGGGAUUAAGACAACUGUAGUAGACGAUUUAUCAGAAGUGAGGUCUGAUGUUGGUCUUGUGAAAGGGGAUAUAGAGAGUUUGAAGUUAACGGUUGGUCGGUUGGAGCCAGACAUGGGUCGAUUGAGGAGAGCAAUUCUGACACUAGAAUCCACGGUUGGGGAACUUAAGGCCAACGGUCUCGGCGGCAUUGUUGCUGAAGCAAUCAAGCAAGUGUUUGAAGACAAGUCCUACACUUACGGUGGUAAUUUCGGGAACGAUGGUCUUUUUAUCAAUGAAGAGCACCAAGGCACAGAAGCUGAGCAACAUGACGAUGAGAUGCCUCAUAACAAAUCUAUCAUUGUCAUCUCCACUGACAAGGAUGCAUAUGGAUGCGACAGCAGUGACAUGGAAGAAGAUGAGGCAGGGAGUUUCCCGGCGGUGUCUGAGAUAUCGCACAGCGACUCAUACCUACUGACCUAUCUAUUCAGCAAGAAGGUUACCGCUGACGACAGUGUUGGGAGCAAUGAAGUUGCUAGGCACGAGGAAUGGUCUGUUUCUCGAUGGGACAUGAGGAGCUUGUCCCCAAUGCAAUGUCUGACCUAUGAGAUUGUUGACAUAUCGGCUGCUUACUUGUUUGAUCGGGGAUCGGACGACUGGUUCAUGCCAACUUCAUUCUCAGAACGUGCUAAGGAGUAUUUAGCGGGUGUGCAGGUGGAAGGUCUCGUGCCAUCUACCGUUAAACUGUGCCGACUGGGAAGAUUCAUUGGUAGAUUUAUGUCGUGCAAAAAGAUUUUCUUUCCUAUCCAUGACGGCGUACUUAAGCAUUGGUUCUUGGCAGUUCUUAAAAUACCCAGUUGGCAAUGCGAAAUAUGGGACAGCAACCCCGAGAAGUCAGCAAACAAACGCCGCGAGGAAUAUGUUGCUGCAUCUAUAUCGAUGAUUGAAAAAGUUUUUGCUGCUGCAAUGCAAUUGUCACCUGGCAUUCAUGCCAAGAUUGGUUCAUUGUCCAUCAAGUAUCCACAGAAAAGCCCUAGGCAUCCCAACAGCCAAGACUCGGGAAUAUUUCUGAUUAGAAGCAUGCAGUUUUACCGUCAGCGCUGGUACCAAGGGUUUAACUCGGGGGACCAGAGGGUUCGUAUGGCACUUGAGACAGUGAAUCACCCAAAGAAUGAAGUUCUGGAACAGGUCUUUGAAGCCGCUGCAGAGGAAGUCCCAUAUGAUGUAGCAUCUGCAUGGUUGGCACAAGAAUAUUUGAACAAAAAUGGAAGUCUCCCAACUGCAGGCAUGAAGUUCAACCCACGCCGGGCUAGGCGCUGAUCAUCCUAUUAAGAACAAGUGAUGUGAAUGGUUUAGGGCCAGUAACCUUGUCUUAAAUCAUUUAUGUGGAUUUUAUUUGGUUGAUGGACUGUUUCAUGAGAACCCCUGUUUCAUUCAUUUUUCAUUUAUGUUUUAACUGUCAGAGAACGUUA